UCCGAGGGCGGGAGACGGGGAGGGCUGGGGGCUGCCAGACCCCGCGCAGGAAAAGCCACAUGAUCCCGCGUGACAGGUUAGCAGCGCCUCGGGAAGAGACGGGUGGCAGCAGCCAGCCCUGCAAAACGUCAUUUUUUCCUCCAUCAGGGGAGAAGUGCAGCAUACCCUGCCCCUCAACGAGGUUUACAAAUCCGGGCUGAGACAGCUACAGACAUGAACGUACUUCAUGGUUUCCAGUAUGACUGGCACCUUCCCAGCGGUGCCUUCACAGGGGAUUACAAGCAGAGGAAGAGACAAGCACUUCUGGGAUUACACUUUGGAGCAGCCUUCAAUCCCCGGCCUUCUCCAGCAAAGUCAAUACAGGGAGACUGCAAGGUUCGCUCUAAUUGCCAUGUCGUCUGACUGAGGCCCACGGGAACAUGGGGAAUGCUGCUGCUCAUUCAGCUCUUCUCCUUCUCAUAUCCCUCUCAGAAGCAACAAUUCCCGUCUCCCCAAGAGUCUCAUAGGAAAAAUACUAUUGAGAGAUUCGCCUACACUGCUGGAGUCUUCACUGAAGCUGCUGGCAUACAUUCCUUGUGAGGGAGAGGGUUCUCUGCGAGGAGAGAGUGAGACUUUCCAAGAGACGAGCAGAGCAGUCAGCUGGGUAUGAGAUUCGCCACAGCUCAUCUGUCAACACCCACUAUGACAGCCCAGCCCUGCUCAAGGAUUUGGUGAGGCAGUUCACUAAUGUGUCUCAGAGCCAUGAAGGCUGUGAUAUUAGCACUCAGUCAAAACGGUUUCUGAAAAGGGGAAGAAAAUGAGGAGGGCUGCAAGGGUCCAUCAAGAAAACAAGGUGAUCUACUUGAAAGGAAGAAAAGAAAGGAGGCGCUGUAAGCCGAGGCACUCACAUUUAAAAAGAAUGGUGAAUAAAACCAUUGGGGAACAUUUUGAUGGCUGCAAACCAGCAAGUUGUUUUGGCUCCAGAGUUCUCAGCUCAGAGCAGGAUUUGGCACGUGUGAAAACCUGACAACAUGAUUCAGUCCACCAGAGCCCAGCAAAGGCUUCCCUGUGAAACACUCGAGGACUGCCUAAGACAGGUACAGCUUAAAUGUUUAUAUGCUACUUUCAGCGGUUCAUGGCACAAGUUCAGUUACCUGGUUGGUCACAGGCCUGCCGAAUUUUAAGGGUGACAGAUUUAUGCUCUCCUACUCUUUCUUCCUGAGGUGGAAUUACAGCAGAUAACAGAGAAUCAAAUACUAUUCUGGGCACCACUAAAGGAAUGUCAGCAAUGUUUUUUUUUUUUAAAUUGCAUAUUCCAGGGUCUGCAAACUUCCCUCUCCAGCACACAUAACCAGUGCUACAGAUAUCAGCGUGGCAGCUUAGCUUAAUAGUUCAAGCUGUAAAGAUUCGUGCUCACUGCUUGGGAGGUCCCUGACAAAGGCAAGGACAUCAACUCUCUCCCUUAGCUUUCUCCAGAGCACAGAGAGCCCUCAACUGCAGACUGCAUUCAUAUCUAAUGACAGUGCAACCACUACUGUCAGUCUGCACCACUGGAACUUGAAGCAAAAAUCAAAAGGCUCCCCCCACAUCUCAGCUACAUGAGAAUAUUUUCAUUCUCCUCGAGUUUUCCUUCUAUAUCAAGGCUUUGUAGUUAAUUUAAAAAAAUAUUAUUUGGGGUUGAGGGGGAGGGUUGUCAUACCAUCUAGUUCUCAGGCUGACAGAAGGAAGAGGUAACUAGCAAGGCCAGAACAUGUGGCUAGCAUUACUCUUCAGAACAGACUCUUUAAGUUGUCCAGCUGUUGUUGAAGAUGGUAUGCUGUGCUCCUCGGCACAGCUGAAACAACACCUUAGCUUCCAAUUCUGCUGCUGGCAGUAAGCAUUAAGUCACUCCCACACAACAGGGACAUCAGUGCUGGGCCUUAGCGGGAAGCUGUCUCUCCUCUAACCAUUCUCUCACUUAACAGCCCAGGUCCCCAGUUUCACUCACUCAAAAUGCAGCCCAGCCAUUUUCAGACUAUUCCCCUCAGCCCUGGCCACUCACCUCCAGCGUAAGCAGCCACAUACCACCUCAGGUGCUCCUCCCCUUUUCUACCAUCCAGACCUUCCCCAGGCCAGUACUCACCCCAGAGAACCACGUCACCGAUGCACCUCCUGACUUCUGCUGCUCCCAGCACUCACAGUCCUCCAUGGCACUUCUUGUGAGUUCAAGGAAUCUUUCUUCCUUGAACUACCUCAGAAAGCAGGAAGGUCUUCUCACUGUGGAAGGGCUGAGAAAAGACUCACAAUGAGGGGUUCCUAUCCAGUUUGCUACAAGCCAUUCCACUACGCUGAUCUUCCCUUUGCCUUCAAACCCAGAUCUCCCUUGCUUCCAAAAAUAAUUCAGAAGCAAAAGGAUUCAGAUUAUGCAAUUUAAGAAAAAGAAAACAAAACAGCCCAUUCAGAUUGAGCAGGCCCAACAGUGCCUCUGCUAAGAAAAAAGGACAAGUCAUCUUUGGAUGGCUUGUGAACAGAAGAUGAGCUGGCAAAUACUUAGCAUUUUUUGUGCUUAUCAACCUUUGCCUCUUAUGCAAUCAUAGCUUCACAGCACCUUUGUAUGUAGUUUAUGCUAAACUUAGGGAUAUUAAUACCAAUGUUACUAUAUGGGUUGACGGGAGCAGGAUUUGGCCUUUAGUACCCUGAACUGCUGAAGAUGUUAUUAUCAUGAAACAUACUACUCCCCAUUCUACCUCUAAGUAUAAGAAACAUCGAGGGAACAGAGACAGUGUUUGUCUUUUUUUUUCAUAACUUCCACUCACCCUAUGAAGUAUAGUUCCUUCCUGGGGUCAACAGGGCAUGCUCUACUCACUUAGUCUGCAGUUCACAAGCACUGGUGGCAUCUCAGUCUCUCUCUGUAAGGGAGACAUUUCUCUUUCAGCAGAGAGAAAUGUUUGUCCUAAACCAUUUGGAAUAUUAAUAAAAAUCUGUGUGAAAUUUAAUGGCCUCUGCCAUACCAGACACAAUCUCAUAGUAUAUUUCUGACCAUUUCUCUGAAAUCAAUGUAUUUUACUUAAGAUUAUCUUUCAUUGAUCAAGGUAGGUUUUCACACGCGCUUAUCAGCUAUAACCUUUUGGCUUCUCUCUUUAUGCAGAGCCUGAGCAGAAAACAUGGCUGUGAUGUUUGCCCAUGGUAUGGAUAACAACAACGCUCCUUUUGUUCUCCCUACAUCAUUGCUCCUGCUGCAGAACAUCAGCUACCCUGAAACCUCGAUCCCUCCUGCUAGCCAUGAGAUGACAGAGUCAAGCAAGGAGGUCAGGUCAAACAGGAACCAUACUGUCUUGCAGUACGAUCUGAGGCCAGGGGAAAUCAUAGCAGCCAGCCUGGUUUUUGGAGUAUUGUGGCUGUUUUCCAUCUUUGGAAACUCCCUUGUUUGCUUAGUGAUCCACAGGAGCAGGAGGACACAAUCAACCACUAACUACUUUGUUGUAUCCAUGGCUUGUGCAGACCUUCUCAUCAGUGUGGCAAGUGCACCAUUCGUGCUGCUCCAGUUUACGUCCGGCAAGUGGACGCUGGGGAGUGUAAUGUGCAAGCUGGUGAGGUACAUACAAUAUCUCACCCCUGGAGUCCAGAUAUAUGUGCUCCUCUCCAUAUGUGUGGAUCGAUUCUACACUAUUGUCUACCCCCUGAGUUUCAAAGUGUCGAGAGAGAAAGCUAAGAAAAUGAUUGUAGCAUCUUGGAUCUUUGAUGCUGCAUUUGCAUCACCAGCUUUCUUUUUCUAUGGCUCCAACUGGGAUGACCAUUGCAACUUUUUCCGCCCAAAUUCUUGGGAGGGAGCCAUCUACAGUAUCAUCCACAUCCUUGUGGUGUUUUUGACUCCAUCCAUUCUCAUUAUCCUAUUCUACCAGAAAGUCAUCAAGUACAUUUGGAGAAUAGGCACUGAUGGCAGGACCGUCAGGAGGACAAUGAAUAUUGUUCCAAGGACAAAAGUGAAAACCAUCAAGAUGUUCCUAAUGUUAAAUUUACUGUUUCUUCUGUCCUGGCUCCCUUUUUAUGUGGUACAGUUGUGGCAUCCACAGGAAACAGACUACAGAAAGAGUUCUUUGGUUUUCAUGGCUGUUACGUGGAUCUCUUUUAGCUCUUCAGCCUCUAAGCCAACCCUAUACUCAGUGUAUAAUGCAAACUUUAGAAGAGGGAUGAAAGAAACUUUUUGCAUGUCCUCCAUGAAAUGCUACAGAAGUAAUGCAUACACCAUCACCACCAGCUCAAGGAUAGCCAAAAAAAAUUAUGUUGGGAUCUCAGAAAUCCCAGCGCCAGCCAAAACUGUAACCAAAGACUCAAUCUAUGAUUCAUUUGACAGAGAAGCAAAGGAAAAAAAGCUUGCCUGGCCUAUUCAUUCAAACCCUCCAAACACAUUUGUCUAAUUGGCUCAAUUGUUUUGACAAAUGAUUAUGCACCACCAGAUCAAAGAGCUUUAUCUCCUUUUUGGACAAAUGUAUACUUACAUAUUUUUAACACAACUUUUAGGGAAGAAAAAAGAUGUUUUAUUUUAUUAAAUGCAUUGAUUUUGAUGUACCCAGUCUAUUUAAUUUUAGUUACAUUCUGCUUUUGGAACUAUUAUCCCUGAAUCAAGAACAUAAUUUUUUAAUAAAAAAGACAGCACUUAAAGUAUCUGUAUGUAGUAAAAAAGGGAAAGAAAUAACACUGCUUUUUUGAUCACUGUACCUUGGCUACCAUGUAUAAAUGCAUAAAU